GUCUGUGGCGCGCUCAGACCACCAGCUCAGAAGCUUUCAUUGGCACGUCUACGCCGUCCGUGCAACAGUACCGCGAAGGUUCAGCUACUCGGGACGACUCGGGGCGUGCUAUUCGUGUAGUCAGUGUUGUGUGAAUGAUUACGUUUUAGUCUGUGCCACGACACCUGUGCGGCGUGUGUUCAUUAUGAAUGUCGUGUCUUCGUUUUGUGGGUAUGACAUACUCGAAUUGUGUUAUUACAUGUCUGUUUUAGUGCAAUGUUCAGUAUUAGUGUAAGAUAUACUUGGUAAUUGGCGAGAGUCCCAUCUGCUGAGACAAUUCCGAAGCAUUCAGGGAUGUAACAAUCCAAAAUGUUGGACGUAAUGUCAACUCAGCUUCAGGGGCCUUCAACCCCUUCAACAAGUCCUAAUGCGGCAUCCUUGGGAAGCGCCCCUCGAAGCAACUCUGUGGGCAAAUUGUCAUUGCCCAGCUUGCGCCGAGUGGGAUAUCAUGAGCGAGUUCGAACUCGCCAGUUAAUUCGAGAUAACAUGAAAAAGACCAUGAACAGUAAAAGUUUUCCAGUCAAGCAGAUGGAAUGGAAUAUAUUCUGGGGAAAGACUGGUCGACCUUUCCAAGGUCUUUGCUGUGCAGCUUGUACACCGAAUAGCCAGAUAUCCUUUGUAACGGAAGCCUCCAAAACAACAAGUUUAAAAAACGUUUUGGAUGUGGAUGCUCAGAAUGGCAAAGGUUUCCUCACUCGUAGACUCUGCCAUCUAAAUACUGUGUGGAAUCUCAAAAAGUAUGAUUAUCCUCAACUUUCACCUACUGUUCUGCGGGAUGAGAGGUUACAACAAGCAGUAGUGGAAGCUGCCAAGAGGGAUGCAGCAGAUGUGAAAGAAGACAAAGACAGUCUUUAUGAUUGCUUUCUCAAGAAGCAUGAAGAAAGAGCAACUCGUGUUGUUAUGAAAAUGCGGUCUACCUUAUCAGAUUUUCUAUUAAGGUUGACAUCAUGGAUACUGUACAAAUUGCUCCCUUGCUUCUUGACAAGUGUAGCAGCUCACCCAGGACAGCUUCGGAUGUUGCAUGCUGCUGGGGAGACUGGGCUUCCUUUAAUCUUUCUUCCUCUUCAUCGCAGUCACCUUGACUAUAUUCUCAUAUCAUUCAUCUUGCUCAACAACAACAUUCGUUCACCUUUGGUUGCUGCAGGUGACAACCUUUCCAUCCCCGUAUUUGGAUGGCUAUUGCGUGGACUUGGUGCAUUUUUCAUCAAGCGACGAAUGGAUCCUGUCGCUGGCCAGAAAGAUGUUGUAUAUCGAGCUGCACUUCAUACAUAUAUGAUACACUGCCUAAGAGCUGGUCACAAUAUGGAAUUUUAUAUCGAAGGAGGCCGAACACGAACUGGCAAACCAUCUCUUCCCAAAGGUGGUUUGCUCAGUGUUAUUGUUGAUGCAUAUAUGGAUGGUACUAUUGAAGAUGCUCUUUUAGUACCUGUUAGUGUAAAUUAUGAGAAACUUGUUGAUGGCAACUUUGUUCGAGAACUAUUAGGUCAACCAAAGAAAAUGGAGACAUUUGGAAGUGCUGUGAAAGGAAUAUGGUCUGUUUUGAAUUCAAAUUAUGGAAUGAUGAGGAUAGAUUUUAAUCAACCCUUCUCGCUAAGGGAACUUGUGCAGUCCUUCCAGGCUAACACAAAAAUUAUAAUGCGAAAUCCACGGGUUCUGAUGUCCAAUGAUGAUAUGUAUAGUGAUACAAAUAAGAACAGCAUGACCAUUUCAUCUGGUGCUCAAAUGCAUCACGUGCCUUCUAGUGCAUCUCUGUUUGGAACUGACUAUGUAGAUGAUAAGAGUAGAUUCCUGGUGGAGUCAAUUGCGAGGCAUAUUCUGUUUGAUGCCACAAGGUCAACAAGUAUUAUGUCUACUAAUGCUAUAGCAUUUCUCCUAUUGAACAAGCAUCGUUGUGGGACUACGUUAGGCAACCUGGUCAGAAGUCUUGAUGAACUCCGGAAGGAACUGUUGGUAUCUGAAAGGGAUGUGGGCUUUUGUGGUGAAUCAAUCGACGUUGUGAAUCAUGCUGUGGAAUUGCUUGGACCAGGCCUUGUUAGAAAAGAGAAGAAGAUAUUGCCCAUUGAAGGGGAGGAUCCAGAACCAACAAUCUUUAUUUCUCCUGUUAUUAUGUUACCCAAUGUGAUUGAACUAUCAUAUUAUAGUAAUACUGUUUUGGCAUUUUAUGUAAUGGAUUCUAUAACUGCUACAGGAUUGGUCUCUCUACUUCCAUUUGAUAUGUACCAUUCUGAGGCCGGACAACAAAGUAGUGCUCAUGCAAUUUGGCUAGAGAGCCUCAUGGAGGCUGCAUAUGAGUUGUGUGACAUUCUGCAGUUUGAGUUCAUUUUCACCAAACCUUGUCAACAUUUGGAAACUGUUCUUAUGGACAGAAUAGACAGCCUAUGUACAGCCAAUGUUCUAUUACUAGAUGAAGCAAAAGUGGAAUCAGAUGACGAAAGAGGUAUUCGUCCCUCACGGAGAAUACCUUCCUAUCUUGAAUAUGACAGCGAAGAAGAUGACCUUGCAAAUGCUGAACCACAGACCAAAUACACCCUGAAUAUUGAGAGAGAUGCUCUCCGGCGCCUGGACUUCCUUCAUGGACUACUUAGACCAUUAGUGGAUACUUACGCUGCCAGCGCAAGUGUGUUGGAACGAUUAGCAUCUCGAUCGCGCUCUGAGAAGGAGUUGGUACAUGACAUCUUAGCUGAAGUAAAAGUGCAGCUUGACAGUGGACAAUGUCAAUAUGGAGAGAGUUUGUCAGUGGAUCCCAUAAAGAAUUCCUUAAAGCUUUUUGAACGAUGGGGUGUCCUUGAGUGUCACGUUGAGGAGAAUGUGAAGCUGUAUUAUUUAUCUGAAUCAAGAGAUAGUGAAGAAAGUGUAAGAGAAGUGUACAAUAAGAUUAAUAAAUAUAAAUGGAUUAUAGGUAUGUGGGAUGCAGUGUCCGGUCAGGAUAGCAGUGCUGCCUCCUGUGGAAGUGGUUCUAUUGAAUCUUAUGAUGUUAUAGUUUGGGAUGGAGGAUAUGUUGGGUUUCAACCAUGUCUCCUGUAA